ACACUAAACUUAUGGGUGAUGGCCACUAAAAAGUCGAUUUUGAAAGAUAUGACAUUGGUAUUGUGCAAUCCAUUUAUGCGACUGCGCGCAAGUUUUUUUAGUUAGAAACAAAAUUUUGUUACCCACUACUGUGAUUGGUUAUUUCGAGAAAGUUUAAUUGCUUAGCAACAUUGGCAGAAUCUGUCACGUGAAUCAGAUAAUAAUUUGUUUUAUCUCUGCGCAUGUGCUGCUGCAAGUACACAAUAAGAUUAUCUUAAGUAGACGAAUACAAAACGAUAGAGAUACAGAAAAUUAUCUGUUGGACUUUAUACCUUAAUAUAAUAUUCACAAAGUUCGGAAGACUUUUCCACUUGCUUGCUUUUUAUUGUCUAGACAAUAGAGUUCAAUGAAAAACUUAAGCAAUUAAGUGGCUGAUGAUAGUGAUGAUAUCUCGAGUUAUCUCACAAAACACGUUCAGUCUCACACCUGUCUUUGAAUUAUUUGUAGAGAGUGGAUUUUACUUACAGUGUGUGAAUGAGAAUUCAUCAACUAGUUAUUAGUAAGUAGUUAAAAUGAACGACAAAAACGCUCACCCUGAUGAUUCUAAAACAGAAGAAAACACGGAUAUAGAUCUGGACAAGAUCUUGACUGAAGAAAUUGGACAGUUUGGUUGGUUCCAGCUUCGGACAGUGACAUUAACAGCGGUUGCCGUUAUAUUUAGUGGUGUUGUUGCCAUUGAGUAUGUUUUUACGACAGCAAGGACUAAUACUAGAUGCUUAAUACCCCAAUGCGAAUCAACAGAUCAAUCCAUCAAUUUCUCUCCACCAUGGAUCCUUAAUGCUGUCCCGGCAGCAGGAUCCUCAUUUGAUGGCUGCCAACGUUUUGCCAACAUUUCUACCAAUGAUAAUGCCAACGUCUCAGCAACUUGCCCAGCUAGCCUAUUCGACACUAACAAUGUCUUCAACUGUGAGGAGUUCGUCUAUGAGAAUACUAACACUGUUGUCUAUACUUUUGGGCUUGCAUGCCAGGAGUGGAAACGCUCUUUCAUCGGAUCAGCGCGGACUAUUGGUACACUCUUUGCGCUACCAAUUACAGGUUUCGUGUCAGACAAAUGGGGACGGCGAACAGCAUUGGCCAUCAAUGCGGUUAUCCGGGCCAGCCUCGGGCUAUCUCGCUCUUGGGUCAACACGUACGUGGGAUUUACUGCUUUGCAGUUCUUGGAGGGCGUAUUGGGGUCUGGUGUCUUCUCUAGCGCUUAUAUUCUAGUUAUGGAGCUGUUGGGUCCGAAAAUGCGCGUCAUCGGUGGAGCAUCUAUGAACACGUUCUUCUCUCUUGGAAGCAUCUGCACUGGUCUGCUUGCCUGGGCCGUACAGGACUGGCGACACUUGACCCAAGUCAUCUAUAUCCCAAUGCUCAUCACAAGUUUCACUCUUUGGAUCGUCCCAGAAUCAAUUCGCUGGUACUUGAGUAAAGAACGUUACGAAGAAUCUGAAGCUGCUCUUAAAACUGCUGCCCGACUAAACGGAACACGUCUUUCUGACAAGUCUCUACUGGCUUUAAGAAAAUCGGUAGAAGAAGAGAAGAAAAAAAAAUCUUUGGAAGCAUUGCAGAAACAAGCCGAGCCUUGGCUGAUAGUUCAAGUGCUUAAACACAAACAGGUUUUGAUUCGAUGUAUCGUGUCUCCUGUUUGGUGGAUUACAUAUACUUUUGUGUAUUAUGGACUUUCAAUCAACGCUGUAAACAUCACUGGUAAUCGUUACUUGAACUUCGUGGCAGUUUCGAUUAUGGAAAUACCUGGAUACUGGACAUCAAUGUUUCUGUUUGGGAAGAUUGGACGAAAACCUGUCCUCAUCUGUGCUUUUUGGUUAUGCACUGCAUGUCAAAUAACAUAUAUUUUCAUGCCUAAAGGUUACUACGGAAUCUCCCUGACGGUGUAUCUAAUUGGCAAAUAUGCCAUCGCCAUGGUGACCUCAGCGUUGUAUGUUUACACAGCAGAACUGUUUCCUACCAGACAUCGGCAUAGCCUCUUGGGCUUCUCCUCUAUGGUAGGAAGGGUUGGCUCUAUUAUAGCUCCACUAACUCCUGCCAUGGGCUACUCUACGUUUGAAAAGCUACCAUUCGUGCUAUUUGGAAGUUGCGCUUUUCUGUCGGGCUGCCUCGUAUUUAUCACACCUGAGACCCUCGGAGCUAAGUUCCCUGAUACCAUGGAAGAGGCUUCUGACAUUGGGAAAAACAAAAGCGUCUCUUAAUAUGUAGAUUCUACACAUAACAGCAACACAACUUAUCUAAACAUUGGCAGAUCUUAUUUCGUUGAAAUAAAGUUCACGAAUAGAUAGGUACGAUUAUGUUUACUAUAAUAAAAGUGAUACAUGAAAAAUAAAGUAUAUUUUAUAGUA